GAGAGGUCGACGCUUUUAACAACAAAAACACCAUCUUCACUCCAGUCUCCUCCCCUCAUUCGCUACCGUUUCAAAUCGGAAAAAAAAACCCUCCACCCAUCACCGCCGUCAACCACCGUGAAACUCACUCCCACAAAACCCCUUCCGCCACCCCCUAAUCGGAAAACAUGAGUCGAGGAAGUGGAGGCGGCUACGAUCGCCACAUCACCAUCUUCUCCCCUGAAGGCCGUCUCUUCCAAGUUGAGUAUGCUUUCAAGGCUGUUAAGGCGGCCGGGAUAACGUCAAUUGGUGUCCGUGGAAAGGAUUCGAUUUGUGUUGUUACUCAGAAGAAGGUUCCGGACAAGCUGCUGGAUCAGACAAGUGUUUCACAUCUCUUUCCCAUUACAAAGUAUCUUGGUUUAUUGGCAACUGGCAUGACAGCUGAUGCUAGGACACUGGUUCAACAAGCAAGAAAUGAAGCAGCUGAAUUUCGGCACACAUAUGGAUAUGAGAUGCCUGUGGACGUAUUAGCUAAAUGGAUUGCUGAUAAAUCACAAGUCUAUACUCAGCAUGCUUAUAUGAGACCUCUUGGAGUAGUUGCUAUGGUUUUGGGUAUUGAUGACGAAAAUGGGGCUCAGCUUUACAAAUGCGAUCCUGCUGGCCAUUACUUUGGUCACAAGGCCACAAGUGCUGGAUUGAAGGACCAAGAGGCAAUUAAUUUCUUGGAAAAGAAGAUGAAGAAUGACCCUUCAUUUACCUAUGAGGAGACAGUUCAGACUGCCAUUUCUGCCUUACAAUCAGUUCUUCAGGAGGAUUUUAAGGCCACUGAGAUUGAGGUUGGAGUGGUGCGGAAGGAUAAUCCAGAAUUCAGAGUUCUAUCCACCGAUGAGAUUGAUGAGCACUUGACUGCAAUAAGCGAGCGUGAUUGAGUUCCUCAUAAAAAAGGAUGACUGUCUAAACUUUAAGAUGUUAGAUUAAAUCUUCAACUUGUUUUAUGUGAUCUUGGAAUUGAUUUCCAUUUGAUAUUUGAGUAUUAGUUGUCCACUAUCGUUGAAGAUUGAUUGAAUUCGCUUUUCUAUUAAAAAAAAAUUAAAAGUUGGAGCCUGCCCAUGAAUAUGUUGAUCCUGUAGACAGUGUACAACACUAGUGGGAAGAAACGGAGUGCUAUUGUUGAACA